GUGCGGACCGGAAGUGGUGCGGUUCCCUCCCAGAGAUGCGACGGGGAAGAUGGGACGUGUUCUGCGUGGUUCUGGGCGGUAGGAGGGACUGUGAACGCCCCCCGUGUUAACGGUAAAUCGGACAUGACAUCAGGCUGUGGGAGCUGCUGUGUUCCGCAUUCUCUCCGCGCCCCUCCGCUCCACAGGAGAACCGACGGCUCGCGACUCCAUCCAAGCCGAAGCGGCUCGGCCACAGCGCGCGGUUCUGAUCCACGGCCUCCGGUCCACGCGACGGUCCAGAGCAGGUGUUUGUAGUUUUGGGAGGAUCAUGAACCCCUCAGAGCUUAUUGCUGAAUAGCAGUGGACAACCAGAAGACCAAGAGAACCAAGAACUGAGUCAACAUGGCGGUCUUCAAGCCCGAAAAUGUGGAAGACUUCUACGAGAUCGAGGAAGUUCUGGGAAGCGGGCAUUUCGGUCAGGUUCGACGGGUCCGUGAAAGGACGUCGGGGUCUUUGUGGGCUGGAAAGUUCCUGAAGAUCCGGAAGAGUGCAUGCAGUCGUCUGGGCCUGGACAGAAGCAGCGUGGAGCGAGAGGUGGAGAUCCUCCAGGCUGUCCAGCAUCCAAGCAUUGUGACCCUCAAAGAUGUUUUCGAGAGUCGAUCGGAAGUGGUCCUCAUCCUGGAGCUCGUCCGUGGAGGGGAGCUUUUUGACUUCAUCGCUGAGAAGGACAGCCUGCUGGAGAGCGAGGCCAUCGAGUUCCUGCAGCAGAUCCUGGAGGGACUGAAGUUCAUGCACAGCAUCAACAUUGCCCACUUUGACCUGAAGCCAGAAAACAUCAUGCUGUCAGACAGAGGGUCUCCACACCCCAACAUCAAACUCAUCGACUUCGGCCUGGCCUACCGCUUCCACCAGGGGGAGGAGUACAGGAGCACCAGCGGCACGCCGCAGUACAUCGCUCCUGAGGUGAUCAGCUGUGAGCCCCUGAGCACAGCAGCAGACAUGUGGAGUAUCGGAGUCAUCACCUACAUCCUACUGAGCGGGUCGUCGCCAUUCCAAGGUGAGACGGAUGAGGAGACCCUGGCGAACAUCAUUGCCAUGAAGUACGAGUUUGAUGCACACUACUUCAGCAUGACCAGUGCUAUGGCCAAAGACUUCAUCCAGAAACUCCUGGUGAAAAAUCCAGAAGAGAGGAUGACAGCUGAGGACUGUCUGUGUCAUCCCUGGAUUAAGCCAAUGACACGCAAACAGGCCGCCAACAGGAAUCGCUCCUCCAUCAACAUGAAGAACUUUAAGAAGUUCAACGCCAGAAGGAAAUGGAAGAUGUCCUACAACAUGGUGUCAAUGUGUAACCGACUGGUGAAUCUGAGGCUACUGUCUAAGGGUGGAAAAGAUCCAGAUCCACUACAGAGACAGUGUGAGAGUGACGUGGAGGAUAUGGACAGCAAGCCGGCCUCUCUACUGCGUCGUAGACCCAGCAACAGUUCAUAGAGCUGACCAGGAGGGGGCAGCAGAGUCCAGAAGGUUCUGUGGCCUACUGAGGGGUCCUGUUGUAGUCCCACAUCACCCCAGCAUCUGUUCAGCAGGGCUACAUACUAGCUCCUGUUGAACCUUUUAUAAUGUCGCCCGGGGUCUCAUCAGGACCAGGUCCAUGUUUAAUCCUCCUGAGGACUGAGUCCAGACUUCAGGAUGGACCAAGUUCAGAACCAGCAACGUUUAGACCAUCAGCAGUCAGCUGUGUGUGUGUGUGUGUGUGUGUGUGUGUGGACAUGGUGGCGUGCGAGUUGGGGGAAGAGUGUGAUGACGCUCUCUGAGUUUUCCCUGAAGUUUCUGGACUAACUGUCUUCCAACAAACAUGUUUUUUACUGGGACGUUUUGUCUUAUGAUGUUCUGAAACACAGUCAGAAUGAUGGAAAGUCCUCAUCUCAAGCGGUUUUAAAUGUUACUUAUUGUUAUUGGUGUGGUAUACUGGUGUGCAUGGAUGUUCUCAGUGUUUAACCAAGCAGCAUGUUGUUUCUCUGAGCUGAGCUCCGUUUCUUGUAGAACCUCUACGGAUGAAUAAAGUGAGACGGAAGCUCA